AACAAUGACUGAAACUACAAGAGAUCGUAAUCGUCGAGGUUGCAAUAGAGAAACGGAACGAAUCAAAACGAACAACUUUCCAAGAGCAGUAGACAGCUCCGGGCAAUUUAUUCGACAUUAUUUCGAUUUAAGUAAAUAUACAGCAGCGUGGCGGUUCGGCUCGAGAGAAAGUCUCGAGAUAAGACCUACUCUGUGCAAUGUAUUAACAUUAACCAUAACCAUUAACCUAGUCUCCCCCGGGAACGCUCGAACGGGAGGCUUCUGUUCAUUAACACCGACGCUCUUCCAGAAAUUUCCUUCCCUACAGACGCAGAAAUUGGAAAACUGUUUUGUUUUCUGUCUUGUUAUUGAUCAUCUUGUAAUCUCAGUUUUAAAUAAUUUCAAUACAUUUUACUUAUUUGAUUCGUUUCCCUCGAACAAAUAA